AUGGUGCUUUCUUCCAACUGGCUACAACUUCAAAGCUCUCAGACAGCAAGCGAGUCCGGGAAGGAGAAUGAGAAGCGCCUACCUAAGACCAAGAAAAGCCCAGCGGCAACAACGGACAAACAUGCUGGCAAAGGUCACAAGCCUGUGAAAGUAGGCAAAACUCUUUCAAAGAUCAACAAGAAAGAUUUUGGUACUAAGGGUGGCAAGAAGAACAUCAUGACCAUGGUACACUCCAUGACACAUGAAAUGGAGCUGCUGGAGGGUCAAAAAACCAGGAACUCCGCAGUGCUGAAUGCACAUUCUGUUGAUGACCUUGAAAAGACUCUUCAAACUGCUGUAGGUGACCGGGGCCCUAGUCGGGCAUUGGAGGUUGGGAAAUAUGUUUCACUUGAUUGUGAAUUUGUGGGUGUGGGACCGGGCGGUGCAGAUUCUGCCUUAGCAAGAGCUACCCUGGUAAAUUACUUUGGACAUGUUGUGUUGGAUAUUUUUGUAAAACCUCAAGAAAAAGUUACUGAUUGGAGAACAUGGGUCAGCGGGGUACGACCCCAGGACAUGCAGCACGCCGUCGUAUUCUCAGAGGCGCAAGAACGGGUAGCCAAGACGUUAGAAAAUCGAAUUUUAGUCGGCCACUCUGUUGCGCACGAUCUGCAAGCACUAUUUCUUUCUCACCCACGUACAAUGAUAAGGGAUACCUCAAGGCAUCUCCCUUUUAGGAGGAAAUACGCUGGUGGCAAGACUCCUAGUUUAAAGAAACUGUCAAAGGAGAUUUUAGGCCUCGAGAUUCAGGGAUCCGAACACUCCCCAAUUGAAGAUGCUAGGGCGACGAUGUUGAUUUACAAAUCUGAUCGCAAGGAGUUCGAAAGAUUGCAUCAGAUCAAGUUUGGAUCAGGAGGUAAACAUCUAAAAUGA